UUUACAGAUUAUCAGUCCCCAACGUUAUCGUGUCCUGGACCUCACAUAAUAGGUGAUACAACCAAAGGAAAAGCGACAGGAAAGGUAUCAUGGAAUAUCCAGGUGACAGACAACUCUGUAAUCGUGGAUCCCAAUGCGGAGAUAAAUGUAUACUCAACUCAUCAGCCUUCUCAAGAACUUCCUAUUGGUGCGACUGGCGUUCAGGUUACUGCUCGUGACUUCACAGGAAAUACAGCAACGUGCAGUUUUAUGGUUUACAUUAAAGGUUAAUAGAUAGAAAGUGAAAAACUUCAGGCCUCGUCCACUCGUAUCCCGAUAUAUUUUGAAAAUGGAUAUUUUUUUUCUCCAAUUUUGAAAAAGGUAGCUUCUCUUACUGGGCAUGCCCUGUACGAUGUAUGACAUUAUCGUAUUCGAAAAAGUCCGUGUUUCGACCGUAUACACUACUCUGGGGACUGCUUUCAAAACCCCAGCGAAUUUUUGACGCCCGAAAAAAGCCGUUUGAUCGGAAGGCUAAAACCGAGAAAAAUAAAUAAAUAAUAAUAACAAUAAUGAUAAUAAUAAUAAUAAAUAUCCGGAUACGUGGGCCUGAGAGUCUUCGGCGAGUGAUUUCAAGCUUCUCUUGUGUUCUUCCAACAUAAAUAUUUUCUACGGGGUACGACUUUACAAAGUUAAAUUGCUAAACCUAAAAAUCAUACAAUAUUCAUUACUCAAUUGAGGGACGACCGGUCAUUAUGUAUCGCCUGGAGGAGAGAAGGGGGGGGGGGUGCAGAGGAUUUUUGUUGCGACAACGGAGCACUUACGUGAUCUUACGUGUUGUACGGAUCGUUAAUGCGUGGAAUAACUUGCCUAAAGAUGUUGUACACGCAAGAUCGCUGACUUUAUUUCGCAUCAGAUUAGGAUUAAUAUAAACAUUGAUUAAUACGUUUGUAAACAGUUUCAAUUAUGAUAUGCAAAUUAUGUUUUUUACUAUUUUUUAGGUUUUAGAUUUUUCUCUCUGUUUAUAAUGUUUUAGAUUCUAGAUUUUAUCUUUUUAUAUUUUAUCUUGGUGAAUCUUUUAUAUAGGGUUAACUUCUAGAUAUCCCCUUUCGAGAGAUAUUUUGUAACUUUAGUUUUUAUCUCUUGAAUAAAGUAUUGUAUUGUAUUGGAAUGGUUACUCGGAAACUGAAAAAUGCACCUAAAAAGGGUCCGCAGGGAGAGCAAAGAGAGACUACUCGUAGUCUACUGUUUGGCCAAAGCACCUACUAUCUACUAAGUGCGUGGUAUUGUGAGUAGCGAGCCGCCGUUUGGAACAAAAACGAAACAAUUGGCAACUUCUUUGUAAUAAAAAGUUUUCUGAUGUUUAACGGAACGAGGAAGAAGUUAGACGCUGUUCCAUAAAAUGCUAUAGCGGCCUUAAUAAACGGAAUGAAAAUUCCCAUCGGUCCACGCGCACUUCCUUUUUUUCUUUUCCCCAACCCCUUCGCGCGUUUUCUGUUUAUUUUUCUCUUCUUUCCAACCUUCCUACAACACAAAAAGGCCUCUGUGGGGAAGAGAGUAGUAUGCGCAUGCCCUUUGUCUCGUACGAUGGAUAUCUUGACCUUUUCUUUUACAAUGUCAUUUUACUUUAGAUAUUGAAGCACCUAUCAUCAAGCAGUGUCCAGGAGAUAUUGUCCGAGAAGAGGAAGACAGAGAAGUGAGAGUACACUGGACGAGACCAGUUUUCUCCGACAAUUCGGGAAGUGUCGCGGUCGUCUCAAACAGACAAAUAGGAGAACUAUUUGCUGUCCCCGGCACCUAUCAAAUUGUGUAUACCGCAAGCGACCUGUCAAAUAAUCAGAACAAAAAUUGUUCAUUCAGGAUAACACUGAAAAGUAAGAUUUACUCAUUCUUAAGUUACUAAAUUUUCAGCACUGUUUCACGAACUGCGCUGCUAUACUGAUAAUCACAUACAGACUUUUAGUUGCAAGUUUUCACUUUUCUAUGCGAGUAGUUUUAGUGCAAUAAGUUUCAUGGCAUUGAGACUAUUUUGAAAAAAAGUAAUAACACAUUUGAUAUUUUUAACACAAGACAUGUUAUCAAAAAGGCAGUUCUUCUGCUUAGACCAGUUAAAUCAACAACUGCAACAGCCACAAGCAGAAACCAGAGUAUAGAUAUGGCGAUAAUAAUGUAAGUGUAAAAAAUAGGUAAGGAGAGCCUGAAUAUAAAUACAUUUAUUAAACAAUGUUAAAAUAUCAACAAGAAAACUAAGGAACAAUGGAUAUAUUAAACAAAGGCUGGAAUUGACGUGCUGUAAUUGCUAAGUCGGCCUACUUUUGUCGUUCCCAUUGAGGGGCAGAAGCAAGGGGAGGAUCUAUGGCUUAGAAAAACCAUGAAUGUAUAACGCAGAUGGAGAAUGAAAAUAAUUGGCUUCAACUAGCUGGACAAGCUGGACCCCGUCAGACAAAAAUUCCUUGAUCCGACCCUGAAGAGACGAUUUACGUUUGGAUUACAUCUUGAUUCGGUCGGUCAAUUGUUUCAUUUAUACAUUAUUAGUCGGACUGAACUAAGUUAACAUUGUUGUUUUUCUCUAAACCCAAAUUUUCAAUGUUUUAAACCUUUAAGCUAAACAAUCAGGGGAAACAAGUUUUGUUGUGUUUUCUUGCAGAAAAAACGUGUCCUUUAUACCCGCCUCCUAAAAACGGAGCCCUAGCGUGCGUUAGUAACGGUGGUGAUAAUACUUGUGCGGUCAUGUGUCAGACUGGUACUGACUUUGAGUUUAACGUCCCAUUACUGUACUUCUGUUCAGCUGGACAGUGGAAUUUCUAUUCGCUCCCUCACAUGUCUUUCAGUUCGACUUUACCCUGGCCAAACUGUACUGGUAAGAGCUCUUAA